CUCAGCCACAAGUAUCACUCAUCGGUUGCAAGCUUCACAGCCUACAAUAUUCGAAACAAAUCAAGCCCUCUCUUUCUCUCAUUCUCUAAAAUUUCUAGAAUUUGAAAUGGCGCCCAAGGGAGAGAAGAAGCCAGCGGAGAAGAAGCCGGCGGAGAAGGCUCCGGCGGCUGAGAAGAAGCCCAGGGCAGAGAAGAAGCUGCCGAAGGAAGGCGCAGCAGACAAGAAGAAGAAGCGGACGAAGAAGAGCGUGGAGACGUACAAGAUCUACAUCUUCAAGGUGCUGAAGCAGGUGCACCCGGACAUCGGGAUCUCCAGCAAGGCCAUGGGGAUCAUGAACAGCUUCAUCAACGACAUCUUCGAGAAGCUCGCCCAGGAGGCCGCCAGGCUCGCUCGCUACAACAAGAAGCCCACCAUCACCUCGCGUGAGAUUCAGACGGCGGUGCGCCUCGUCUUGCCAGGGGAGCUUGCCAAGCACGCCGUGUCCGAGGGCACCAAGGCGGUCACCAAGUUCACUAGCUCUUAGGGUUUUCAGUGUCCAGGGGGGUUAUUUUGGUACUUUUGAGAUUGACGUAGUGUUUGUAAAGGGUUCUUUUUUGCGUACUAAUGAACGAAAUUUGAAAUUUC